GAAGAAGAAGAAGAAGAAGACGAAUAAACAACAGGAAGAACUCGCCGUUUGAGCUUUCAGUUCGAGCUGUUGGUGUUUGUUUAUAUUUAUAUUUUCCUCAUGAGAGAGCUGAAGAAAGAGGUGACGUCACUGAAGACAAAACUGAUGGAGAGAGACGACAGGUUACAGGAGCUGGAAAAGGUUUCCUGUCAAUCUUCAGUGUGUGUGACUGAUGGGACCUCCACAGAAUGUCAGGAUUCAGUGUGGAGCGGCAGAGAUCAGUCCACACCACAGCGACUGCUGGACAAACUCUCUGAACAGAGAUCCAGAGACACACAGGACUCACAGCUCACUUUACUCUGUUCUACUGACGGUAAUCAGGGUGAUCAAACCUCCACAGAGUCUCUGACUUCUGUCUGUAAUGCUGGAGAACAGCAGAUGCUGCAGACACCAGUGAAGACUGAAGUGAAGCUGGAGGAGAUAAAACAAGAGGAACACAGUGAUGAAGAUGGUCAUUUUAUUCCUCCAGAGUCUCUGACUUCUGUCUGUAACACUGAAGAACAGCAGAUGCUGCAGACACCAGCGGAGAUUGAAGUGAAGCUGGAGGAGAUAAAAGAAGAAAACACAGCAGAGGAACAACAGAGAGAUGAUGAUGAUGAUGAUUUUUUUCCUUCAGAGCUGAUGAAGGGGAUAAAGGAACGUCGAGAGCUGAAUAAGCUGAAUAAAGAGGAGAAACAUCAUGAUUUCAGAACUGGAGAAAAAUCUUUGAGUGGCUCGAAGACUCAAAAGAAUCUCUUACCAAAAAAGCAUCAACGAAGAACAGCCAAAAGUCCUAUCACCUGCUCUCAGUGUGGAAAGAGUUUCAUACAUAAAAGCAAGCUGAUCAUGCACAUGAGAGUUCAUACUGGAGAGAGACCUUACACGUGCCAUCUGUGUGGGAAAAGUUUUCUUUAUAAAGAACAGCUUUAUGUACACAUGAAAAUUCACACAGGAGAGAGACCUUACACAUGCCAUCAGUGUGGGAAAAGUUUCGUAUUUCCUUGGCAACUGAAAAAUCAUCUACUUGGUCACUCUGGAGAAAGACCAUUUAAAUGUGAUAAGUGUGGUAAAACAUUUGUUGUGGCACAGUAUCUGAAAAAUCAUCUGAAAAUACACACAAAUAAGAAGCUUUACAAGUGUACUUUUUGUGGAAAGAGUUAUUUACACCAGUCCUAUUUUAAAAAGCACCAGAAAAUUCAUUCCGGUGUGAGGGCUCAUGUGUGCUUUGAAUGUGGAAAGACCUUUUUGACAGCCGGCACCUUGAAACAACACCAAAUAAUUCAUACUGGAGAGAAACCAUUCAAGUGCUCAUACUGUGGAAAGAGUUUCACUCUGUCACAAAACCUGAAAACACACGAGAGAAUUCACACUGGAGAGAAACCAUUCAAGUGCUCAACCUGUGGGAAGAGUUUCAUUCAGUCACAAGACCUGAAAAAACAUGGGAGAAUUCAUACUGGAGAAAAACCUUACAAGUGCUCACACUGUGGAAAGAGUUUCACUUGGUUACAUUGCAUGAAAACACACAAGAGAAUCCAUACUGGUGAAAAACCGUACAAGUGUGCACACUGUGGAAAGUGUUUCACUCAAUCAGAAACCUUGAAGAAACACUUGAGAAUACAUACUGGAGAGAAAUCAUACAACUGAUCUUCAUGAGGACAAGCAAGUAAUCUACACAGUGAACAAAAAUUAUCUUCAUGGGCCAUAUUCACAAACAAUUUUAAGGCUAAAAGUAGCUCCUAAUGCAGAAAUUUAUUCUAAGAGUAUUUUAUGAAGCAUUUUUUUACCCUCAUGUUGUGUUUUGGUCAUUUUGACCUGAAGAUGAAAUUCUUUUUCCUGAAAAUGAUAGUGAAUGUUAUUCUAUUGGACUAAAACUUACUGACUUUGCUCACACAGGGUAUCACUACUUCCCAAACAUUUUUGUAUAAUUUGGUUUAUUUUUAAACUUUGGUGUUCCUUGUCAGUAAUGACCAGCCUGUAAUUUUUUUUUAUAAAUCUCUCAUUAUCCUAUAUUAUUACAAAAUAUUGGAUUAUAACUUUUUGUCAACUUGUUUUCUUUCAAUUCUUUCACCACAGGUUUUUUAUUUCUUUUUUGGAGCUUAUUGAUCGUAGGCCUCUUUGACCUGAGCUUAAGCACCUCCAUUUUUGAGUGAAAAAAGCAUUAUUUGUGCAUAAUUUUGGCAACAUUCUGUACUAUUUAUCACACUAGUGUGCUUUAAUGUUUAACCAGGAAGUUUGUUUUUAAAUGCUUUUAUUUUGUAAAAAAAGAAAAAUGGCACAAAGUCAGACUUGUGGUGUUCCUGGUCAAAAAUGACCAGCCAUUGAAAAUGAAAGGGGGAGAUCAAAAAUAAGAGAAAAAUUUAGUGUUGAGCUUGGUGUGUCUGUUCCAGGUGCAGCUGACAUUUUUUGAUUCAUAUAGAUAACAAAGAAAAGCAAAACACACACACAUAUGGACCCUCAACAACAUCCAUGUGAUCACAGUAUAGAUAUGUGUAUAUAUAUAUAUAUAUAUAUAUCACACAGAUUUAAAUCUAAACUUCUCUCUCCACAGCCCCAAGAGCUGCCCCAUUUCCCAUCAAAUGAAUCCCAACUCCCCAUUCUUCUACAUGACGCUUCCUCAAAAGCCGCCACCCUCCCCAUCUCCAUGCACCAUUCUUGAAAUGAGGACACUCCAACAGACUUCCAUCCCCUUAAAACAAUUUGUCUGCCGAUCAUGACACUGAUUAGAACCCCAUUUUGUAUGUAUUUAUCUCCUAUAUUGAUGACCACCCCAUCUCCUAAAAUACAGAGUCUGAGGCUAAAUGAAAUUUGAGUGCCAAAUACCUCACUCUUAAAACUCUGAAACUUCAACCAAAAUUCUUAGAUCUUAACACACCACCAAAAAACAUGGGUUGUGUCUCCAUCUUCUGAUUGGCAUUGCCAGUAGGUGGGUGUAUUUUAAGACCAAGCCUAUACAAUCUAGAGGGGUCCAUUAGAAUCUAUGUAAAAUCUUGAAUGGCAGAAGGGGAACCCUUGCAUCUCUAGAUGCAGACUUGACAUUUUUUAGAAUCCUAGCCCACACUCCUCCUCAAAUACCAAGUUAAAAUUUUUCCCCAUAAUCUCUCGAUAGAAGUUAAAGCUCCGUCCCCCAAUCUCUGAAUUAGCAGGGAGUGAUACACUGAUGCCUCAUGACCUUUUCCAAAAGCAUAACUCAUCACUCCCAGAGUAUCUGCUGCUUUAGGUGGGUGUAUAGUACUCCCAAAAACAAUGCACAGCAGGUGACACAGCUGUAAAUACUUAAAGAACUGAGACCUGGGAAUCCCAAUAUGUUGAACCAAAUUUUCAAAGGAUCUCAACACACUCAUAUAAGUAAAAUAUUAUUUAUUAACCUCCCUCACAAUCCACUCAGACCAGAAGGAAGGGGACUUGUUAAUACAUAAUGUUGGGUUCAGCCAUAUGCUUGAGGCAACAUUUAAAUACAUUUCCGAAUUAAACACUCUUUUGUCCAUAUCGAGGGUAAAUGUGAACUUCUCCGGUUAGUUUGAUAGAAAGGCUUUGCAAUGGCAAAAUAGGGGCAAGAACUUCCUGUUCAAUACAAAACCAGGGAGGGGCUCUUUCAGGUGGAAUUGACCAAUGAGCAAAAUGUCUGUG